ACGUAUUAUUCAACCUGUGAUAUUUCUCUGGGUGCAUUCCCACAACCAAACAACUGGCUUAGAAGUGAUCCUAUUAAGGUCCAUAGUGGAGUGACAGCAGUCUACAUUACUAUUGAGUACCUAACUCAUAACUGUUCGUCCUAUUCUGACAAUGGAGGGAAAUAUUGUAAAGAGUAUUUUGACUUAUACGUACAUCAGUCCGGGCAAACAAUGGAACCCGACCCCCUAACUAACAAUGCUUCUUAUGACAAGAUUGCUAGAACAGCUCCGUCAGCUCUUGGCAUCAGAGUGUCUCGAAGGUUUAGUGUAAAUGUUAAAGAAAAGUACAUCGUAUUGGCUUUUCAUGACCAGGGUUCAUGUACUGUCCUUCUCUCCGUCGCUGCUAAAUAUUACUUCUGCCCAGAGACAGUUCAUGUUGGUGGUUUAGUGAACUUACCACGUACAAUUGCUCCAGCAAACAACUCAGUUCCAGUCGUAAGUAGUUGUACUAAAAAUGCUGUCCACGAGCAAGGUAUUUUAAGGGUGAACUGCCAAAGUGAUGGGGGCUGGAACAUCAGUUCACUUAAAGGAAAUUGUAUAUGCAAAGAAGACAUGGAAAAUGUAGGAGGAGAAUGCAAAGGUAUAUAUAACUACAGUAACAUAGAAGUGCAGUGCUGAAUAAUUCUUCAGGCUGGCAACAUGAUUAGACAAAAAGAUGAUCAAAUUUUAGCUCGGUAAUGAAAUAGAGUAUCAAGAAUAAAAAUCAGCGAAAAUCAAUUGAAAUGACGUUCUAAUGAUUCGUUCAUCAUUUUUCAAAUUCUAAAGGUCAGAUUCCGAUGAGUCUUUUUGAUACUAGGAAAGCGUGUUAAAGUCUCGUUGCAUGUGGUUAAAAACUCUGCAAUGUGGAAUGUAGAGAGUGUUAGUUGAGUACUAAAUAGGUUUUCCUUAAUUGAGUCAGAUUGAGCGUUUAGUUUAGGUUUCUUCCUUGGAUAAAGAGCAUUUCUUAAAAUAAGCAUUCAAAUUUCCUACAACAUUUCUUAAGGAUGGGAAAUUGUUCGUGUAGAUCUUUGUUACUCUGAUUGUGGGCAUUACACAGGUGUUUUCCAGUAGCUGAGAGCGUAUGUUUAACAAUAUGUUGAAAAGGUUUCGACGAGCAAAAAAGAGUAUAAGCGUUUUUGCGCCUCGUUACGGGCGUAGGAGAAAGAAAAUUUGGAUUCUCCACGAGGAAUCAAAUCCCAGACUUUCGGAUUUUGCGUCCCGACGCUCUGCGACAGAGACUCUCUUGAGUGAACAAGCUCAGUACUAGUUUCAUAGAUUAUGCGUGACGCGUCCUGCACAGUGUUGGUGUCAGCAAAGUCGAAAGCGUCAAGUAAAGAAAUAAAAUAAAAAAAAUAGUAAACAUGAGCCUGGUAAUGAAAUAGACAAAGUCUAGUAAGGAGACGAAAAAGCACCUUUCUCUCCUAUUAGACAAUUUAAAAAAUUGGAAUGUGUAUCCUGAAGACCUAUCUCCUAAAUAUUUCAGUUUCAUCACUCAAAAUCAUUGCAAAUCUUCGCCACCCCCCGAACCUUCCUCGUUCCUUUUUGGUCUUCGUCUACAGUCUAAUUGAGGUGCUUUUUCUUGAGACCAGCUCUCAGUGCGACAUAAUUAAGCAUAAGCAUUAAAGUGAGAAAACUCGAUUUAUUCCAAGCAUAAAUAAUAGAAUGGUAGAAGCGUUUACUCUAAGGAAAGAAUCUAAUUAACUGAUAACUCCGUAGUGAAUUACGAGCAUAAGUUAAAAGUAAAUGGAAUUAAAAUUUGACAGGAUCAAUUUCCACUUGAGUACGUGAACUCCCGGUUAAAAUGAAUAGACUUUUUAUAGUUAGUCGUUUUGAAAGUGACUUGUUAGUGAUAGGGAUGACUUGUAUCAUGAAUGGAGGCUACAACCGAUGGUAAUGGGCUUUCCCUCCGUCACUGGUUUCUAAAGAAAACGCUCAACUCCAUAGUUUACUCAACUCAUUUGUCUUUGGCUGAGAUCGAAAAAAAUUUUUAAAUCGACUUUAUCAAGAUAUCGAUUUCAUUUCCUUCUUCAGAUUGCCCAGAAGGUAAAUACAACGACGGGAAUGGCUUUAAUUGCACAGGUACGGAUGCAAAUAUAGCUUUGAAAUGUGAAUGGCAUCUGUUCGAUUAUACUUACUUGGUUAAGUAUUUGUGGUCCCAAGCUGUAUCCAACUCUUCAUAUUUAUUUUUCAGUUGUUAGUGCAUCACUUUACCGUGGAUAUCUCGAAAUUUUGGUUCACUUGCGAUUAAUUUUGACCUACGGUAUGAGCAUCUGUUGAACAAAUAUGACGCAAUUGCCUGUUGUAGCUAUACAGCAAACCAAUAACACCAAAUGCGUUAGAAUGUUUCCUUAAAUCUUGCUCUAGCAGACUAAAACGAACAAUUUUAAAUAUAUAAGUGAAUGAAACAUGUGUGAUGGCCUAAUUAAUCCUGUGGUCACUUAGUUUACAAGGUCGAUUUUCCUAAAAAAAAUAAUGAAGAAAAUAGACUGUUAAAUAUAAUUCAUAAAAUAUGAUUCCUGGAUAAAUAGUCUUAUGUUCCCCUCACAACAUAUCCAAAUUCAGUCAUACCAUCAGCACCGAAAAAUGUUCAAGUAAUCUUCGUUAACCGAAGUGCGUUGGAGUUAAAAUGGCAGUCUCCUGCAGUAACCGGUGACCAGACCCACGUGUCUUACGACGUCGACUGCCUUAAGCCGUGUGAGGGUGAAGAAGAAAACAAUUGCGUUAAUAAAGCUUGCGAGAGUGACGUCAUUUUCAUACCAAGAAAGGAUAGCUUCAAUGUCAGUCACGUUAUUGUUGGAAACCUUACUUCAUAUGUAAACUACACCAUGAAAAUCUACGCUAAGAACCGAGUGAGCGAAGUAGCGAGAAGGAAACGUGGAAUUGAGGCAAGUCUCUCAGAAAUAACAGUGAGGACUAACGGAUCAGGUAAGUCAUGAUCUGCUCCUGGACUAAAUAGAAUAUCAUAUAAAUUCCCUUCCACUUAUCUAUUGUUUAAGUGUAGAGGCUUAGGGUUACAUCACAGUUCAUUUCAUAAUUCGAAGUCUAUGAGUCAUCUCCAUUAAAAAAACUAGUUCCAGGUAAACCGGAAGUGUCUGUCGAACAACCGGAAAUGGCUGUUGUUGUAUCUUGGACACUAAAGGAAAAGAACGGAAUCAUUAAAGAGUACCACGUGACAUAUAUAAGAGAAGAUGAGAACUCAGAAACCAAGACUCUUGCCACCAAGGAAAUGGAAGCGAGGUUUGAUUUAAAGGCUGGAAAAACUUAUCAAUUGCAGGUAGAAACAUUUUAUUACUUAUCCGAGUUAAUAAUCAGUUUAUAAUCUCUUUUAGAAAAAAAAGUUUGUUUAAAGCAACUAAAGAAAAAAGUAUUAACCAUUCGAGAAUAAAUGUUUUGACACUCUUAAGGUUCAUGAAUUUUAAGUGAUAGUAAACAUACGAUGGCUGAAAAAGAACGUCUAACCUUAGCUCCAUAGGAAGACGCUAUUUUUGUGCUCUUGAGGAACAAUCCUAUCUAAUGAAUAUUAUGAUUUCUCUUCCCUAAGGUAUUUGCCAUAAACCAGAUCGGAAGAGGACCUGCAGGAGUGAAGAAUUUUACAGUGAAAAACAGUUAGUGUGUGUACUUCGUUGCGAAGUCACUUUGCUCGUAAGAUUGAUAUUUUGGGGCUCUCUUAAUUAUUUCAGUUUGAGCAUUUUUCCUCUAGUUAUUACUUUAAUUUCAGCCCAAAAUAAUAUCAGUCAAUUUUGUGUCCCUCAGCUCUUGGGCUCCCAUGACACCAAGAAUCCGAAAAGAGGACUAUCAUGAACCUCAAGUUAGAAGAGCUGCAUUACGACCUUUUUUUAGGUUAAAUAUAGGGGAAUUUUGAAAUGAUAAAGCUUGAGUAGAAAAGCAACAAAGAUAUCAAAUUAUAUAAUAGACCAAAAAGGAAGGUGGGUGUAUAAGUACGUUAAAGAUCAACCAGUAAUGUAAAAGACAAAUCUCAAGGAAUCUCAGUCAUUUUUUCGUAAGGCAUAACCUUGAUGUGCCUGCAUCAAGCCGGAAAUUUUAGAACGAAAUAAUGAUAGGAAUCUGAAGGAAAGAGUUUUUUUUUUGGAAAGGUACUAUGAAGAAAGAAAAUGAAAAAUUAGUUAACUAGGAACGAGUAAUGUAUGUUCAGCUAAGGGUUGCAAUCUUAAAAAAAGUAUGGAAAAACGACCAGAGAUGGAUGAAAUAUGAUUCAAUGCCCUCUCAAUUCAACGUUUGGCAUUUUAAGUCAUACACACACUCUUAGCGGUAAAAAGAAAAAAAAACACAAUUUCUAUUUACAGUCUCGGUGCCAUCAAUUCACGUAAAUUUUUGACAUCGUCUCUUAAAGAAAGUUUAACAAAUUCUAAUUUUGUUGUUGCUUACAUUUACUGUUAAGAUUCCAAGGUUGAGACCUAUCUAGGAGUCGUCUACACAUUGGCUGCAUUACUAGUACUUUGCGUCAUGUGUUUCGUCUGUUAUAUCGUGUGGGAAAGGUAAGUUUGGAAGGUAUCUAGCAAAGAAGAACAUAGGAAAUUUCAGCUCCGGAAACCAUUUAAGUUGAAGAAUACUCUAAACAAAUUAAAAUGUCUCAGAGCUGUACAAGAGCUUACCAAAACACAAGAAAGUCACCAAGUCACAAGUAAACAUUGAAUUUGUGUUUUAUUUGGUGGAUAAAAGGUUAUUGUCAGAUUUGAGAAUUUCUAAAACAUUCAGAUGACCUGUGUGACUCAAUUUUUUUCUUAGCUAAAAUUUUUUUCAAGCUAGUCGAGUAAGUUUCCUUUGUCUUCGUCUUGAGGUCAUAAUUAUCGUUUGAGGCAACAGAUAGUGAAACAUAUUUUAAACGUAGUUAAAACUGAAUCACCACAAAGACGCUUGAAGGGAUACAAACAUUUCAACGAAAAUGUGUAAAACUGAAAAUGAAAUUAUAACUGUCCGUCAAUCUUCUGGCUUGGCUUCAUGCUUCCCUACCUUAUUAUAUUUCUACAUUAAAGCAAAAGAAGAGUUUAAUCAUUUCGUAUUUGCGCGAAUAGAUGGUGGCGGAGCCGAAUUGCUGAGAAAAAGGCAGCUGAAUGUAACUUUAGGGUGUAUGAUGGUAAGUCCAGUCUAUAUCACACUAUAUCUAGACCACACCAAAAAAUAACAACCAAAAUGAAUGCCCCAGAAAUAAAAAGUAAAUCAAGCAUGCAAACAUACUGCAUUCUCAUAAUGUUCGACUUUACAAAACUGAAAAAGAUUCAAUCAGCAAGGCCCCAUAUAUAUGGUCUCGGGUACCCGAGCCAACCCUCCCCCCGAGUUACCCGAAGCGAGCUAAUUUUUCACUUAUUUCUUUAAAAAGUUCAGCCGACAGUUUACAUGAGGUUGUGAACUCGUCUCGGGAAGGCGAGACAACUCGAAGGGGAGGGGGGGGGGGAAUGCGUGCGCAUGCUAAGGAAAGGAUGUUUAUAGCUAUUCUUUCCCUGUCGUCCGCCAUUUUGUCGAAUAUGUAACUUGGCCGAACGAGGGUUAGCAGAUGUCAAAUUUCAUAUAAACGCUCCGUAAAGUUAUCUUUAUCCACAGGCGCACAAACUUUCCCCUUGAGGAGAUAAAUAUAGUACAAGAAAUUUAUAAUAAUUACAAUCAGGGAAGACUCCAUAUAGUCGCUUUAUUUGACUUGUGCAGAAGAGAGGCAAAAGCAGCAAGUAGCUGCGGUGAGCCUCAGUUUGUUUUCGCUUUCUGCAUGCCUGUAAUUACUUUUGUAGAAACAGUGCAACGUAAGUGUGUUAGAUUUCUCUGCUAAAAAGACUCUUAGACUGCACAAUCAUCCUUACCAUUGGAAAUUUUUCCUUAGAAAUUCCAAGCAGUUCUCUUCAUGGGUAUCAAAAUGUGAAUGGUUUUAAACUUGACCGUCUAAAGUUAACUACAGUUCAAGUACUUGGAAGUGGCAACUUUGGUCAAGUUUGUAAGGCAAUUUACAGACCUUUGAGAACUGAAGUUGUUGUUAAAUCAUUAAAAGGUACGUUAAUCACCAUUUUUUAAAGGCUGAAAAGUGUUUCAAUAUCUUUAAUAGAUCGGAAUUCAUCAGUUUCAUUUAAUCCAAUCUUGCUUUCAAAUAUAGCUGUGUAUGUAUUCUUGUCCGAGCCGUUAAAGAUAUGGUGAAGGUUCUCGUUAGCUUUCUCCUGUAAACCUGAUCAUUUAGUUUGUAUCUUAAAAUUACAUUCUAGAUAAUGCCUUGCCGAAAGAAGUGCAAGAUUUUAAAACUGAGUUGGUCCUUAUGAGCUCCUUGCAGCCUCAUCCCCAUGUGGUAAAACUAAUCGGUUGCUGUCUUGAAAAAGGUACAUCUUGAUGAUUAACUGAUGCACGUAAAUGAUUGAUUGACUGAUCGAGAAUAACCUUGGGCUUUUAUUUCAUUCCAGAUCCCUCCCUAAUAGUUUUGGAGUAUUUAGCGUAUGGUGAUUUGUUGAGAUACCUGCGUAAAAGCAGAGGAAUUGAGGAUACCUAUAACACAGGAGAAAAGGGACCAAGUUCAUCACUGAGAGAGAAGGACCUCUUGUCUUUUGCGUGGAUGAUCGCUGAUGGCAUGAAUUAUUUAGCAUCAAUGAAGGUGAACUUGACAUUUUUCACCACUAAAAACGAGGAAAUCACAAGAAACCUAUUUAUUCCUAGAAACUCAUAUGUAUUGCAAAAGGGUGGAUGUUAAAAGUACUGUAUGAUCGCAAUACAUUUUGCAUUUUUCAUUGUGCCUUUUAGCAUGAUGCAAAAUAAUCACCCUUGACGGAGUCUCUGUGUAAAAGAAGUUAGCGAAGUUUAAUUAAGAGUAUGUGGCCAAACUGGGAAAACUUUGAUCGCACAAUUUACAUUUUAUUUCAAUAACAAAUCGGCGCCGGCAAUGAUAAAUGGGGAAUAAUACAUGGUUGUAAGACGACCUGACGUGAUUUGUUUAUUGUACGUUGCAUGAAUGUUAAUUAAUUAUGAGGAACUCGCCCACCUGGGCGAACAUUUAGGCGUGAACUUUAAAUACUUUUAUUGUAUAAAUUAUAGUGCUAUACAAGGAUUUUCAAUCCUGAGAAAAGCCUUAUCAACACACGUGAAAAAUACGAUAAAUUCACGUGUGUUUGAUAUCGCCAAUCAGCUGCUGACACGUCACUCGCCUCUUCGUGCCACUCCGUGAAUACCUUCGUCAUUCUUAAUCGAAGGUAGUUUGUCGAAAUUUUUCGCCUCGGAUCAUGGCUGCUAAAACACUGAAAAAUUCUCAUGGCUAAUGGGGGGAAGACAACCAAAAUACGAAAAAAAAAACCGAAAGCUACAUAAUCAGUGGCUUUGCUAAUGGCAUUUCUCACGGCUGAAAACGAAAAUCCACAACAGGAAGAUUUGCCACUAAGCCGAUUUUGGCCGUGUACCUGAAAAGAUCAAUAAAAAUUCAGUACUUAAGAACUUUGUAAAUUGAAAGUUAGCCGCGCUCACUCGUGAGCUUUCUUGUUAAACGCUCGAAUAGAAAUUACAUCUCUACUAGCAACCAUGAAUUGUUCCGUUUGAAUUGCGGGAAUUUGAUAGUUGACCGCAAGAAGGGGGUGAUCGCUGAAUGGUAGGCCAUUACAAAGGUUUAUUUUUAGUAGCAAAUGAAUAUCUGUACGAAAAAGAGAGUUGAAAAAAGGGUUGAAAAUGAAAAUUGAGAACAAAAUUAAAAGAGCUAAUGUUUCUCUCAAGACGUCUCUGAACAACUUUCGCAUGUUGUGUUUCAGAUUGUUCAUCGAGAUUUAGCAGCUCGAAAUGUGUUAGUGGGUGACAACAAAGUGUGUAAGAUAUCAGACUUUGGUUUAGCACGUGGUUUGGAAGAAGACAUCUACACGAGAAAAACUCAGGUGAGCUCUAAAUAAACUUUCUAAUCAAAUAAUUUUAUAAAUAGCUUUCACUAUCCUCCCUCUUUAUUUAGUUGAUCCUCUACUGUAAGUUCUUCGAAAGAUAAUAUUCAAUUGUAUAUUGUUUCAGUUCUCAUAGCAUUGUUCUUUUCAUAUAUUUUUGCCGUUCCCCAAUUUCAAGGCUCGUCUUCCCAUUAAGUGGAUGCCUCCAGAAUCUCUAUUCUAUGGAACAUCAACUACUAUGAGCGAUGUGUAAGUUUUUGCUACCUUCUUUUUCUCUAACCCGUUAAGCCUGAAGUUUUUAGCAGUUUUGUUAAACUCCAUGGUGAUUUGACAAAGUUUUACGAGAAUCGGUUGAAGAGCAGAAGUGUCAUAUGUUCUUUCAUCUUCACCCAACAUUUCAGUUUUCCUUAAUUUUCUGACGACACAACCGCAUUGUAUGAGACUGAUACGUGUUGUUAACACUUUUCGGAAAUAGUUUCACAGAGUUUGACGCGGUAGUAUAGCCACUGCAUGUCCAGGGAACUCGAUGUAUGAAAAACCUAUAAUUAUCAGAACAAGCUCUUUUCUUUGGCCAAUCAGCACUCAUUAAUUUCAAAUUUUAUUGUGCGUGAUGAAGGGUAUUAUAUGGAGAUUGAUCAUAAAGUCCAAACAAUAACUUACCGAUUAAGAUUAUGUGAAUAUUUCUAUAUUCUGCAGAUGGUCUUACGGCAUUGUGAUGUGGGAGGUGUUUACCAUUGGUAUGUAGAGUAAUGUGGAGAACUUCACUCUGGCCACGAGACAUAACGCCUUGACUAUAACAUGUCUUUCAUAUGGCAGUUAAGGAUGAGCAAAACUAUUGUAGAUUCACUGACCUUAAAGAUCCCGGGCAGGAUUUUGAGGUUUGGUGAUAAUGGUCGGAUGAAAUUGUACAGAUAUUUACCUGCAAAAUCAGAAUGAAGCGGGAAACUUGCUAAAUUUUCUGCUCCCUACCUCAACCCAACCUUCUCCCCCCUCCCCCUUCCCCCACCCCACCCUUUUCUCGUGGAGAGGCUAUUCUAAUUAAUGGGUUUCCAACCGGGCGAGUCGGAUUGCCCAAGUUUUAUAGAGAUGCCUUUACAAUUUUUCUCAAAAGAAUCUUCCCUUUGAGGGACAGGAUGUUGCAGCACUGUCAACAUUUUUGUUACACAUAUCGUUUCAGGUGAGUCACCUUAUCCUGGAAAAACAUCCCGAAAAAUUGCUAAUUUGUUGCAGACAGGGUACCGUAUGCCAAGGCCAGCACAUAUCUCACAAGAACUGUAAGUAUACCUGCGGACUGCACUAUCUUACCGCGCGAAUAGAAAGAUGAGCAGGAAAUUUACGUUAAAAAUUAAACUUUUCUUGCCGCCUACCGCCAAAGGUAAAGCAUUUACAUCUGCCGAAAAGUGAGUACGAGUAGAAUUUAUUUUUUUAAGUACUGUUUUCCAUAAAUUUAAACUUAAUAUUUGUUAUUUCUACGACUUCUCAGUUUUACUUAGCUCAAAUUGAAUACUGAAAUACUUUUGACUAACCGAUUUCAUGGUCUGCACUGCAUUUUACGGACCACAUUAACUUUUCUCUCGGAUUUAAGGCUCUCGUGCAGCCAUAAAUCCAAGCGGAAAAAUCGAGGUCCAUGACUUUCAACCAAGCAUAGCCUACGUUCUAACUGGGAGAUAUAAUAAGAAUUCUGACUUAAAAAGUCAUGUGAGAUGCACUUCUUGCUACUCAGAUAGUGAUGUUAAUUUUUUCGGAUGAACGGAGUAAAUUAUGUGAGUAAUGACGUUAUUUAGUAAAUGGCACAGGCAUACUCGGAAAAGAGAACUCCACUAAGCUACUGACAGGAGUCUCGAGGUAGACUAGGCGGUUUACUGAACUAGGCCCAUGGUGAAACAUUUCUACAUGAUGCUAGCAUUAGGAAUCGACAUGUGAUUCUUUUGCGCGAUGAUGAAUGAAGAUGGUAAAUUUUAAGCGAGGUAGUUUGGCGAAAGAUGAUGUUAUUUAGGCAUACUCGGAAACAUGAACUCAGAGUGCUAAUAUUGGGUGUUGAAAGUAAAUUAUCCUCUUCAUUUUUUACUCGUUCUCUUUAAACUAGUAAACAUAAUAUAGUAUCAAUGUCAAGAAAAUAUGAGUCACUUCAUAAAAAUUAGUCAUUCCUAUUUCAGGUAUUCGAUUAUGAAGGAGUGUUGGGAAGAGGAGCCCUCAAAGAGACCAACAUUCCAGUGGCUUUGCUCCGCGAUGAAACGACUGCUGGAUGAUCAUAAGGUUUGUUUGCAAUUA